AAGCGUAUCAUCGGAUGCGCAUGCAAACUCGAUCGCGAGUAUGCUGCACUUGAUCACCAAGAUGAGACGAUUAACGGCCCCGGUAAUAUCGUAACGGUGAAUGUGAACGCCGGGGACCGGCAAGGAUUUUUCUCGGUGGCGAUAGAGAGGGACAAGAGACUAGAGAGUGCAGCAGUGCAGACGGUGUAGAGAGAGAAAAAGUAGGGGGGGGGGGGGAGAGAGAGAGAGGGUUUGUCUUCCUCUUUUUCUUUCUUUUGGGUUUAUUCCAGCAGAUUCAUCUGAUCCCACUCCCCCACACAUAAAGCAAAAGCUCUUAACGCUCUCUCCACUCUCUGUCUCACUUUCUCUCUCUAGAAUCUCCUCUUCUUCUCAUCUCGAAGACGCAGCGGUCUCUUCUUCUGGUCAUGUAGGCAGCUGCAACAACCUCCUUCUGCUACGUGGGUUCUCUUCUCUUCGGCCUCUCCGAGCUUUUCCACUCUGUAAUCAGCCUCAGAAGGUUUCUUGGAGAUUUUGAAUUGCAACAGCAGCCUGUAUCCUGAGAUACCCCGAGCCUGUGCUUCUGGAGGGUUCGAAUUCUGAGCCAAAAUGAUGCAGAGGCCGCCCCCCGAAGACUUCUCCCUUAAGGAGACCAAGCCCCACCUUGGUGGCGGAAAGAUCAGCGGUGACAAGCUCACAAGCACCUAUGACCUCGUGGAGCAGAUGCAGUAUCUCUAUGUCCGGGUCGUUAAGGCCAAGGAAUUACCCGGGAAAGAUGUCACAGGAAGCUGCGACCCUUAUGUGGAGGUCAAGCUCGGGAACUACAAGGGGACAACUCGCCACUUUGAGAAGAAGUCCAAUCCCGAGUGGAACCAGGUCUUUGCCUUCUCCAAGGACCGGCUUCAGGCCUCAGUGCUCGAGGUGAUUGUGAAGGACAAGGACUUUGUGAAGGAUGACUUCAUCGGCAGGGUCAACUUCGACCUGAAUGAGAUCCCGAAGCGGGUCCCUCCCGACAGUCCGCUGGCCCCGCAGUGGUACAAGCUCGAGGACAGGAGGGGGGACAAGGCCAAAGGAGAGCUUAUGUUGGCUGUUUGGAUGGGAACACAGGCUGAUGAGGCUUUUCCCGAAGCAUGGCACUCCGAUGCUGCUGCAGUGAGCGGGACUGACGGGCUUGCAAAUAUUCGCUCAAAGGUCUAUCUCUCUCCCAAGCUUUGGUAUUUACGGGUUAAUGUGAUCGAAGCCCAGGAUUUGCAGCCUACUGAUAAGGGAAGGUACCCUGAAGUUUUCGUGAAGGCUAUUCUGGGAAAUCAGGCACUGAGGACUAGGAUUUCCCAGAGCAGGACCAUUAACCCGAUGUGGAAUGAGGACUUGAUGUUUGUUGCAGCAGAACCAUUCGAGGAGCCAUUAAUUCUGAGUGUGGAAGAUCGGGUUGCCCCCAACAAGGAUGAAGUCUUGGGUCGUUGUGCAAUCCCACUGCAGUAUGUGGAUCGGAGGCUAGACCACAAGCCCAUGAACACAAAGUGGUAUAACCUUGAGAAGCAUGUUGUCAUAGAAGGGGAGCAGAAGAAAAAGGAAAUCAAAUUUGCAAGCAGGAUCCACAUGAGGAUUUGUUUGGAAGGAGGGUACCAUGUAUUGGAUGAGUCGACUCACUACAGCAGUGACCUCAGGCCCACUGCCAAACAGCUUUGGAAACCGAGCAUUGGAGUUUUGGAGCUCGGAAUUCUGAGCGCCCAGGGGCUCAUGCCAAUGAAAACAAAAGACGGGCGUGGGACUACUGAUGCAUACUGUGUGGCCAAGUAUGGCCAAAAGUGGGUGAGGACGAGGACAAUCAUCGACAGUAAUAUGCCAAAGUGGAAUGAGCAGUACACUUGGGAGGUCUUUGAUCCCUGCACUGUAGUCACAAUAGGGGUGUUUGAUAACUGCCACCUCCAUGGAGGAGGAGACAAGGGUGGUGGAGGUGCAAAAGAUUCAAGAAUUGGGAAAGUUCGGAUCCGUCUCUCUACUCUCGAGACUGAUCGAGUAUACACCCACUCAUACCCACUCUUGGUCCUUCAUCCUAGCGGGGUCAAGAAGAUGGGAGAAAUCCAUUUGGCCGUUCGGUUCACAUGCUCUUCCCUCCUCAACAUGAUGCACAUGUACAGUCACCCGCUUUUGCCCAAGAUGCACUACCUCCACCCAUUGACCGUGAGUCAACUCGACAACCUUCGGCACCAGGCGACUCAGAUUGUCUCGAUGAGGCUGAGCCGUGCCGAACCUCCAUUGAGGAAAGAGGUUGUGGAGUAUAUGCUCGACGUCGGAUCUCACAUGUGGAGCAUGAGGAGGAGCAAGGCGAACUUCUUCAGAAUAAUGGGGGUUCUAGGUGGUCUCAUUGCAGUAGGGAAGUGGUUUGAUCAGAUCUGCCACUGGAAGAACCCGAUCACAACUGUCCUGAUCCAUAUCCUCUUCAUCAUCCUCGUGAUCUACCCGGAGCUUAUAUUGCCCACAAUCUUCCUCUACCUGUUCCUGAUCGGGGUCUGGUACUACAGGUGGAGGCCGAGGCACCCUCCCCACAUGGACACCAGACUCUCUCAUGCGGACUCAGCACACCCCGAUGAGCUGGACGAGGAGUUCGAUACUUUCCCAACCUCCCGCCCGGCUGACAUCGUCAGGAUGAGGUAUGAUCGACUCAGGAGCAUAGCUGGCAGGAUCCAGACUGUGGUGGGUGACCUGGCCACCCAGGGGGAGCGGCUUCAGUCUCUGCUGAGUUGGCGUGACCCUCGUGCUACUGCCCUGUUCGUGAUCUUCUGUCUAAUCGCUGCUGUGGUCCUCUAUGUGACUCCAUUCCAGGUCGUGGCUCUCCUGGCAGGGUUCUACAUCUUGAGGCAUCCAAGGUUCAGGCACAAGCUACCAUCUGUGCCGCUCAACUUCUUCCGCCGACUGCCUGCAAGGACGGAUUGUAUGUUGUGAGGGGGUGCAAAUGGAAAGAAGUUGGAAUUCGGGUUUGGGAUCUUUUCGGGUAAGGUAUGUAAUAUUCUUCUGAUGGGAAGGUGGUAACAUUUGUGGGAAUCUGAAGGUUCCUUUUUCUUAAUAUUUUUCUCCAAUAGGGGUUCUCUGCUGCAUGGCCCCCUGCUGUUAAUCAGAUUCUUGUUAUGGUGCAAAGUUUGCCUUUUUGUAGGUUGUGAUUUUAGGGACAAUCUUGUUCUGUGCUGAAGUUAUGUACUUCUUGUGGUCUCAGACCUGUUUAGAAUUUAUAUUCAUCUGAUCAUGGAAUUUCCUUUACUGCGAA